CAUUAAAAUCCCACCUUUCUAACACAAACACAAACAAUCGAUUCUUACGCAGAAACACUGAACCGAGAAGCACAGAGACCGGCACGACAUGGUGUUCCCGCCACCGAAGCUAGCCGUAAUCUCAUCCGCCGCCGCGGUGGCGGUGGGGACGGUAUUAUUGAUUACAACCCAUGAUGAACAUCACCAAUAUCACAACCUUCAUCAUCUCUCCCACCUACUCAACUUCCUCCACAGCGGCACCGACGCCGUGUCCUCGUGGCUGACGCCACCCUACCUCUACCUCCUCGUCAACGCCAUCAUCAUCUCCAUCCUCGCUUCCGCCAAGAUCCACUCCAGGGCCGCCGCGGCCAGUCGUGGCGAUGUUUUGGACAUAGGACGGCGGCGUCGUCCGCCGUCGUUGUUGUUGGAGACCGACGGGAGAAAUAGUAGUAUUGGUGCUGAUGAAAUUAAGGGUUUGGAGAAGGGUGUCGGGGAGGAGGGAGAGGUGUAUGCACCGGCGCCGCCGGUGCUGUUGCGUGACCGUUGGGAUGAUAGUGAUGGUGAUCAUCAUCGCGAUACUGUUGCACCGCCGCCGGAGUUGGGAUCUCCGACGUCGUCUGGAGAAGCAACCAACUUUACUCCCUCCAAAGGCGGCGGCAGGAAGGCGGCGGGGUUGGGGAUAUCGAAUUCGAAGUCGGCGAGGCGGAACGACACGCUGGACAGCACGUGGAACAUGAUAACGGAUGGGCGUCACGUGCCGAUAACCAGGCACCUGAAGAAGUCGGACACGUGGAGCUCGAGCCACGUGUCGCAUCCGUCGGCGGCGGCGGGGAAGGCGAUGAAGGAAUCCGAGACGUUCAUCGGAGAUGCCGGGAAAGCUGCUGGGUCGGCCGCGGCGGCGGGGAAAGUAGUGAGGAAGAGGGGGCCGUCGCUGAGUCAGGAGGAGCUGAACCGGCGAGUGGAGGCGUUCAUCAACAACUUCAACGAGGAGAUGCGGCUGCAGCGGCAAGAGUCCCUCAAUCGCUACAAGGAGUCGCUUCGAGGCGGCGAAGUUUUUUCGUUUUAAGCUUUUAAGUGAUGAGGAUGAAUAUUAUGGGUUUUAGGUUGCAAAUUAAUGAGCUAAGAACACAACGGAUGUAGAUAAAUAAAAUUUCAAUGUAAUAUACUCCUCGUCACUAAAUGGACAACUCGAUUAAAUCUCUUCGUAUAAAGUGAUGACACUAUUUUGAUGUAUGGAUAAUAUAUUAAUAAUUUAAUAUAUCUUAUGUUUGGCUCGGCUUUUUUAGAAGUCUUUUUCGGCUUUAAAAGCUGAAGCAGGGUCAAUCAAACACCUCUAAAAGCUUGGCUUUUGAAAAGUGGAAAAACGCUUUUGUAUAACAUAAAAGCAAAAGCUCCGAUUUGAAACUUUUGCAAAAAACUGUUUUGAAAAUACAAGAUUAUCCUUACCCAUAUUUUAAUUUUAUUUUAGAAAAUAUAAUUUUCCUUCAUUUAUAUCAUUUUAAAAAUAAAAUCAUAUUAUUUAAUAUAAAAGAAAUCUAACAAGAUCUAUUUUGACUAAUUUUUAUUGUUUAGAAUUUUUAUUUAUAUUUUGUAUUAUAAGUUCUUUAUAGUCAUUACACAACCGAUCAUAUUAAAAUGUACUUCUAAUAGUUUUAUAACCAAACGCUAAACUGCAUUUUUUUAAAAAUACUUAUCUAAAAACUCCAGCCAUAAACUGUUUCUGCAAAAGCUACAGCAGGACCAAGCUAAAUUAUAGUUCUGUUUAAUUACGAUAGAGCCUAGCUACGACUAACAUAAAAGUGACAUGUUGUUCAAUCUCCCCCUCACUCGUGAUCAAAUGGCAACCUCGCCAUACCUAAUAAGUAUAAUAUUACGUACGUGAGGAGCUUGGAGUGUUCUGUUUCGUCAGUGAACUCAUUAUCAACUAAUUUCCCAUUUUCUUCAUGCAACAGCUUACUCAAUCGUGCAUUGACACGAAGGAAAUAGAACCCCUAAAUUGGGAGUCUUUUCUCAAACAAAACGGAAUUGUACUUGUCCCUCCUAACUUAAUUACCCCAUAAAAAGUUACAUAUUCUCGUGCAGUGCACCAGAUGUCGGUUUCUGCUUCAUGUUUAUCCUUUUUGCCUCUACAACUACAAGCAACCACCUCACCAAUGCUUAUACUAAUAGAAACCAUCGGUUAUGGAGAUGUUACUUCACUCCAACAAUGUCGUUAAAACCGCGCUUUAAAUCUUAAAAAUUUAGGUAUUUAUAUUUUUGGUUCACCAAAACGUUCUUAUGUAAAAUCACGUUUUCCCCUUGUUGUCAAAGUCGCGAUUAAAAACUUAACAACUUACGCUUUUACCAUUUCUAAGUUUCAAAACACUUCUACGUAGAAUCUGAACUUUUAACUGCAUUACUCAACAGGGCAAUAAAUGAAAUGGAUGUGC